CACCAUGUCUUUCCUACACGCCCCGCGGCGCGCUCUCUUCACCUCGUCCUUGCCUCGCCGCAGCGCCGCAGCUCCGCGCCGCUCCAUCCCCAUCCCCUCGUUCCCUACGACACCGUUUCCCGUCAUCGAGUCCUGCCCGGCGCCGACAUGCGAGUGCCGCCCGUACCCGCAGUUCCCGGAAGACCUGCCCAUCGACCGCAAGCAGAACCUGAACGGCACCAUGGCGGCCUACGGCGAGCAGAUCCUCAUUGCGACGGGCAAGGAUGACUGGACCAGCAAGAUCGAAGACGACGAGAACAGCCUCUUCCAGCGCCAGCUGCGCGACCUGCUGGUCCGGAACGGCGAGCUCUGUGACCCCUACCACAACGUCAUGAUCACGAACUCGUCCUUCGCGCCCGCAUCCCGCGACCCCGCCAUCGGCUCCGCCUACCUCUUCCCCAGCUUCCGCUACCUGCCACGGAUACCACUGACGGCGCCAUCGGUGCGCGCCCUAGUCAAGGGCUUCGUCAAGCCGCGCGACAUCCACCCCGUGCACAAGAAGGUGCUGCCGGCGGAGCAGCAAGCCGUGCUCGCGCGGGACGAGACGCUGCAGCGGGAGUUUGAGGGCGUGCGGGAGGUCGACGAGGUGGUCGUACUGAUUUGCGGGCAUGGCGGCCGCGAUGCCCGCUGCGGCGUUUUGGGGCCCGUCCUGCGUGACGAGUUUGGGGAAAAGCUGCAGAAGAGCGGGAUUGUGCUGAGGGCGCAGCCGGAGCUGGAAGCACAAGACGCGGAUGACGGCAAGGCGAAGCUGUCGGCCAGCGUGGGCCUGAUCAGCCAUAUCGGCGGGCACAAGUACGCCGGCAACGUGAUCGUGUACAUACCCAAGACACUGGCGAGGCAGGGCCACCCGCUCGCGGGCAAGGGCGUCUGGUACGGUCGAGUCGGGCCCGAGCAGGUCGAGGGCGUCGUCUCCGAGACGAUUGUGCAUGGCAGGAUCAUCAAGGAGCUCUUCCGCGGGGGGAUCGAGGAUACGGAACCAAGGUCUAUUAUCCGGUUGUAGGUUUAGACGGGGAUGGGGGGAGAGGGGAAGGGGGCAGUGGGUGCGCGUGUAGAGAGAGCUGUAGAAGGAGAAUUGCGCGCGUGUUAUGCUUUGGCGUUACUCAAUUGCUUCUCGCGGGGCUUGUAGACGCUUAGGUAGUGUAUAGGU